AUUUCCCUUAUUUUGUCUGACGCGGCACCCGUCUGUGCGUCUCGUUGCUAGGUAACCGUGCUAGUUGUCGCUGCUGGGACGAGUUUAAUGUGUACAUUAAAGCUUCAAGUACAAAAGCCAUUAUGGAUUUCAUUAUAAGAGAGCACCUCACUGCAGCAGAGAAUCAGCAAGAUACUAAAGCUUUGCUCAAAGCUUACAGAUUAAUUAAAUCUGCUAGUGCCGCCAAGGCAACAGAUGCACGGGAAAGCUUCAGCCCUGAUUUGUACGUUCUGUGUGCAGAACAAGCCCUUCAACUUGGAUGUCUAGCCGAAAGUAAAGACUGUUUGCAGCUCUAUUUCAGGAAUAAUCCACCUCAAAACCAGUUUUUUGGAAGGGCUUAUUUGUGUAAAGCCCAAUUACACAUCCCUCAGUCUGCAAAGGAUUUGGAUCAGCUGGAAAAAUCUGUGGUUUAUUACCUAAAAGCUAUUGGUUUUGGAAAACAGCAACAAAGAUACUAUUUUCUGGUCUUCAAUGCAUCGGUUAUCUACUGGCAAAUGGUUCAACCAUUUUUAAAGUCUGGGAGUCGCCAUCUUCUUAUUCCUAGUCUCUCCAGUGUUGUGAAGGCCUUGGAUGAAAUCGAUGAAAGAGACCACACCUGGCGAGCACAACUUAUGAUCGAACUCCUAGAGUGUUUGUUGGAUGCUCAAAAAAUGAAAGAGGCUGCUGACUUUGCUUCAGGGGCAGCAGAAUAUAUCAAAAAGAAUGUUCCAAGCAAAUAUCCUGAUCUCUUUGCUAAAAUGGUACAACACAAAUUAAUUGAUUCUGCUAAAGCAGCUAAGGAGACAAAGGGCUGUGCGACUUUGGCAGUCAUCCUUAAAAUUCAGAAGCUGAAGUCAUUGCAAACAGAGAGUACAACAACAAAAGACAUUUUAGCAAGCCUUGAAGAGAUUUAUAAUCUUCUGACAUCUGCUGAAAAAAAUAUGUCCAUACCUAAGAAAUCCUGUCUGCUGGUUGAACUGGCCCAUUUGUCAUUGGAGUUAAAAUGCACUCAACUUGCUACCUCUUGCAUUAAGAAUUUACAGAAAUCAGACAUUGGUGAACCAGGGAUGCAAAUUGUCCUUGAAUGUCUACAGUGUGAACUUGAAGCUCAUAAUCUUGGCACCAAGAUUGCUUUAUACAAAAAAGGGGUUGUUGAGACUCAGCUAAAACUUAUAAGAAGGCUUGAAACCUCCUUAUUGGAUGCCAAUCGUUUAGCAAAUCCAAGCACCAUUCAGACCGUAUGCACAACUCUGUGGAACCUCUGUUUGCCGCUACUGCAACAUAAUUUGCGCAAGCAUGUACGGAAACCCUUAGUAUCUAUUUCUGAGUCACUUGAAGAAAUUGAUAGUUUGCUAACUGUUCUACGUUGUCAAAUUCACCUGGAAGUUGCUCAGAUAGAAGAAGAUGAAGAUCGCAUUGAAAGUGCCAUAAAGCAUGUAGAAAAGGCUUUGAUUUUUGAUGAUGGUGCUGCAUAUCAAAACUAUCUGAAGUCGUAUCUUCACCGGCUUCAAUUGAGAGCUAUGCUGUACAGCACACCUGAGGGGUUGGAAGAUCGAGCAACUAUGAUCAUUGAACAGGCAAAACAAGUCAGCCCAAUGGACUCUGUAAGGAAAAAACGCUCCUUGCUUGUGAAUGCUGGUCUAUGUUUAGCUCCAGAUGUUUUUCAGAUGGUCCUUGAUAGUGAAAAUGAAGCAAAGGUCUCCACAGGUAAAGGCAACAAAGGACAAAUCUCUUACUUGUGCAUGAAGGCUCAGCACCAUGCAAAAUGUGUGCAGAAGACUGAAGGCCAUUUAAAGCGAAUUGAAGAUAAAAAUGCUGCUGAAAGGGUCAGACUGUGGGCAGAUUUAGCCAAAGUUGCACGAAAGCAAGAGGUCUGGGAUGUAUGCAGGGCCGCAUGCAGGUUCUGCCUAUUGUAUGAUGACGGCCGUUGGAACAUCCAAAAAAAGGACACUUUGCGGAAAAAUGCAUCUACCGCUAAUAGCAUGGAUGAAGGAAAAGGCUUGGGGUUAGAAGGGGAACUAUCCAAUGCAAAGGCUGCAUUCACCAAUGAAAGAGCCUUACUAAGAACUCUGGCUGAAAUAAGGUUUAUUAAUGCUGAGGCAACCAUUCAUCUAUUGAAGUCUGAAAACUGUAAGUUAAACGAACCUCCUAUCCCCCCAGAAGACACAAGGAUGCACCCAGUGGGAUAUACUGCAGUAAAUCCGGAAGAUAAUCCAGACUGGAUUGUUUAUAGAGACUGGAUUUCUGAACUUUCCAGAUAUGCAACAGAAAAUUUCCUACAAGCUGCUGAAUUGGGGGUAGAGUUGCAUGAAGGCUGGAUAACUCACAAUGCAGCAGUAUACAUCUUAAACUACAACAAGCAUCUGAUAUCUACUGAGAGGCUGUCGGAGCUUACUGACGCACUUCAUAAACUGCUGACUGCUCUCAAGAAAACAGGACACAAUGGGAAUACUGUGCUGCUUGCAAUGUUGUCCAAUGCCCUAGCCAAAGGCCUUAUUCUUCGUUGGAUACCUGGUUCAGCAGCUAGCCCAAAGGAUGCAAGUAUACAUUCAGCAAAGGUCAAGAAGGCUCCAGGGAAAGGAUCUGAAAAAUCUGUCCAUGUUAUGUCCAUUGAUCCAAUUGGUCUUCCAGACAUAAAACUUGCCUUGGAGGUUUGCGAAUAUGUAUUGGAUUUAACAAAUGGGAGAAUGCCAGAGGAGAUGGUACCCAUUUCUGUACAGCAACAAAUCUUGGCUACUUGGGUAAAGUCCAAACAGUUGCUCCAACAACAAAUUGGGCCCAAACUGGGAACUGAAGAAGAGGAGAGUAAUGAAGGACAGAAUUUAAUGACAAGAGUUGUGAUUGCUAUAGAAAUGCAUUCAUGCAAUGGGUUGGGACUAAUGGACUUCAGUGUUCCCAGCCUGUCCCAGGUGUUUGACAUGACUUGCCUGUGCCACUGGGCAGACCCAUUUGUGGAACUGCAGCUGCUUACGAGAUUAGCGCACUUUGCAUACAAGGCCCGGGAACCGGAUCUGGCACUGAGAAGUACUCAGCGGGCUCUGGAACUAGAGACGAAAAUACAAAAACGGGGAAUGCACAGUUCUGUUCUGGAACAUGAAAUGUUCAGCAUGGCGGCAUGUGUUCAGGGACAAAGUAUAAUGGACAAUCUGGCUGGUAAAAAACAUCUGCGCAUGUCUGCAAUUAAAGCCUUUCAGUUAAGUGCCAGAUUUGCAGGUGAAGCUGGAAGCCUUCCUCUUGCCUUGCAAGCCGCUCGACAUUUCUGGAACGCAUGCUACCCCCUUACAAAGUCAUCGAAAGAAAGGGAACCUCUAAAGGAAGCUACCAUGUGCGUUAUUAAGGCCCUUACAGAUGCAGAGUCGAGAAAGAAACAGCCAACAGAAGCUAUCACACGUUCCUAUAUGUGGCCCACAAUGGAUGCUACAGAUCAUUCAGCAGAUGAUUUGGAACCUCUGGGAGAUUCCUCCAGGCAUGAAGACAGUUCAGAUGAGGAGCAAAAGAUAAGAGCGUCUCUGUACGAAUUGCUGUUUAACAUGUAUGCGGAUAAAGAUGAAUGGGAAGCAGGUCUAAGGGUGCUGGAUGAAGCCAUCCAAGUUCUACCACGUACUAAGCAUAGACUAGUAAUUUUCAAGCAUCGUUUACUGGUAAAGGCAAGACUUGGUCACAACUUUUUUAUGGAUAUUCAGAAGUUCAAAGAUGAGAAUGAGGAUUAUUUGGCUUAUAUUUGGCACCAUGUGUCUUUAACAUCUACAGACACCAGCGAACAGUUAGCCUGUUAUCUGAAUGCAAUUGAUGUGUUGCAGAAAGCAGAAACUCAGUGGCAAAAAGUCGAGUACUUGUUGGAACUGGCAGAGUGGAUGUAUUGCAAGCAGUUUCCUGUGAGCCAUGCCCUUAACCUACUGGACUGGGCUGUGGAUAUUUUACUGCAGAUGAGGUUUAACACUAACACAGAGGAAGAUAAGAGUCAUAAAGGAAAGACCAGGCCCAGCCGAAAUGCAGCCAGGGCUAAAGACCAGAGACGUGCAGAAAAUGUGAAGGUUGUUGAGGCAAAAGCAGAAGAUGGCGAGGUCGAGGAAAGCAGAUGUAAAUCAAUUGAAGACUUAAGAAAUGUGAGACAACUUGAGGCUUUGGCACGGGCACAUAUUAUAAUGGCAGUAAUCGGUGGCCACAGCUCUCCUCUUCAUAAACAACACUGUUUGAUGGCCUGUACUUAUAUAAUGAGAAUUUGGAAGGUGUCACUGCCAGCAGCUGCAACUUUUAUUAAAGCACUACCAAAACUGACCACGCCAUCUCAAAAACAGCCGUCAGCUUCUUCUCGAAAGGAAAAGAGCAAAAAGGAAGCACCAGAGGCUGCAGUGAUCAAAGAAAAAACAAAGAAGAAAGGACCAGUUGAUGCUUUACCUUCAAACACAGAGGAAUGGGCUGGCUAUGACUGUCCUGACGAAAUCAGAGAUGCAUUUAAACAGGACACAUCUUGUCAUGUUAUUAACAGGAGCACCAUUGGAAAACCAACAUACAUCCUUUACUACUUGGACUUAUUAAUAAAGGAGCUGUUGAGUAUUUCAUUUACACACCUGACUUUACCUAUACUGCAGCUUGCUGAAGUCAUUGCUCAUGAUGUAGUUGAAAGUAGCAGUCUGUCUGAUCUGUACCACUUGAGAAUCUCUCAGAUAUGUACAGAUUUAGGAUUAUGCCAAGCAGCUACCUACCAUGAAAAGGCAGUGGGAAAUAUAUUUAUUACUGAACAAGAACAAAUAAGCUGCAGACAAGAACUGUUACAAAGUAAGAAGAAAAAAAUGAAUGGAAACCAGAUGGAACAGAGCAGUGGUGGUAAGGAAAAGAUAUUAAGACUGCAUCAAGAUGGAAAAGAAAUAAGUGGAAUGUCCCUUCCAUAUUUGUGGAUGGAAAAAGCAGAUGUGCUCAUUCAGCUUGGUUAUUUUCAACCAGCACGGCUUCUUCUAUCAGAAGCUUACAAAGCAUUUCAGGAGACUGGGGAUAAACAUGAUCUAUCAAAAUGCCUGUAUCUUUUAUCAGUAUUAGCCAAUAGUGAGAGAAACCAUGGCCAAGCGCAGGCACUGCUUAUGGAGAUACAGCACAUAGAAAGAACAGCAGAGUUGUGGUACAGAACCACUAUUUCCAUGACAGAGGCCGUUUUAGGUGAAAAUAAAGAUGGCAAAGAAAAGCAGGCUUGCAAAAUUUUGGAAACAGCUAUGACUGCUCUAAACGCCAUGUUACAAAAACAGAGUAACAGAGAGGCAGAAUAUGGAUUGAUUAUAGCAUCUUUACAUGUCAGGAAACUUUCAAUUGACCAACAAGAAGCAGAAAACUUGAUGAAUUCUGGCACUGCACCAUUUUCUCAUGUAACUGUUAAGAUGCUUGAAAUAUGUGAUGAAAUGAGACAAAUAGAAAAUGAUCUUCUUCGCUAUGGACAUAAGGAGAAAAGAGCUGAAGUAAUGAUGGAACAUUCAGAUGUCCUCAGGAUCCUUGCAAGCUCUGUCAAGGAUGAAGAACAUAAGCACCGCUACCUCCUAGAUGCCUACUUUACUGCAGAAUCAGCCAUUAAUCUGCAGGAAGAGAUACUAUUCAACAUUCAAAGUUUAUUUCCAAAUGAGACAGUGGCUAUCAGUUUGCCAGCUGCAAGAAAGCUAGCAAGUAUGAAGCUGCGUUUUACAGAGCUCUCUUUGGAAAUAAUACAGCUCCUUAGUACAGAGCAGAGGAAGAAAUUACAGGAAGAUAAACGAAAAGGAAGGCUUUGUGUAGCUGUCGAAGAAUUUAUAAGAUCCACUCCUGACUAUAACUCCAUCGAGCAGGAAUGGAAAUCAUUAGAACGUACUGUGGCAUCCACAGCCCUGUCGCAGUUGGCAAAUAUGUUAGCCUUGGCAGCAGGCUGUGCUGAGCUCAAAGCAAAGUGCUUGUACCUCACUGGAAAAUGCCUCUAUUUACUUUCUGUAAAAGUCGACCCACUUGGCCCCAACAUGUACUGGAAUGAAAACAUUUUGGCUGCUAGUAACAUAUAUUCAGCAAUGCAAGACUGCAGUGAUUGUAAGCAGCCUACUGAGGAGCAACAGGUUAAAAAGGCUGCUGAGCUAAAGCAAAAAAGGGCUGCUGCCCAGAUGUUCCUUACCCAGGCUACUGAAAUAUUGCUGCAAUCUCUUAAUGUUUCAAUGAAUAACAAUCUCCUGAGUACACUGUCGGCAGCAAGUCUUCAGCUUUGCUCAUGCCUUGGGGUCUUUGAUCCGGUUUCAGCUGGACAGUUCUUAGCUCUCCACCAGAGUUCUGCAACUUCUAUAAUUAUGAAAAACAUGUUGUCUAUGGCGACUCAUAAUACCAGUAACUCCCAGUUUGCAGCUUUACUGAACCUACAGCAACUUCUUCAAAAGAGAGGCAACACCAUGAGUACUUUGCAGAGAAGUAUCGAGAACCGGCUUUCAGCUACCUCUACAGUUUGGGAAAAUCUUCAUAUUAACAUGCAGUUCUUUAAGAUAUUUAAUGAGCUACCUUCAAAUUUCACUGUCAUUGUGCUGCAACAUUCAGAGGACAGAUCCUUUCUAUAUGGUGCUGUUCUUGAAAAACCUAAAGCAAACCCUGGGCCAAAAGGAAAAACAAACCAACAACCGCAGCAAAAAGUACAAGCAAAAGUUGUUCGAUGCGCUGUCAGCUCUCAGAAGUUCUUGAACUUGGCCGCGAAAAUGGAGCUGUUUAAGCAAGAUAUGAUGCAGAGUCUCCUUAAAAAGGAAAACCAGCAAAGCUCGCACAGGCAACGGGACUUGUUUGAACAAAUUAAAGGAGCCAACAAGGACCCAGAAAUGAUAAAAGCGUGUAGCACAGAGGAUGACUGUGAAAAGGAAACAGCUUCAGCGUUUCAUGACAUUGUGAAUGCAUUGGAAGAUUACCUGAAUCCUGUCCUGCACAGCCUGGAGUUGACUUGUAUUCGGCAGCCAUCUCCAGUGCUUUCCCCUGCUGGAUCUGUUAGGGCUAAGUCAAGAGACAAAGAGGAGAAACCAACAACCACAUCAAGUGCUUCAGUAGAUACUGGAGAGUGUAUUGUACUACUGGCAGACACAUUCUUAAUGGAGUUCCCAUUAGAAGCACUCGGAGUGUUCAAGGAGGAUGGAAUAAGUUCCAUUUCAAGAGAUUUUUCACUUCAGUUACUGUUCAACAGGCUUCACAGGGAACAAACAGCAGAAGGCGAAAUGAAACGUGAUGGAAGGAGUUCAAAGGGACCAAGGCAAAAAAUGGAGCAAAAAAAGAACACUAAAACUGCAUCCAUCAAUCGCAUUUUACCAGCAGGAUGCAUACCUGUGGACACUCAUAAUUUUAAAUAUAUUGUGGACCCUUACAAUGAAGCACAAGAACCAGAGGCUUUUAGCCCAAGCUUCAAAAUGAAUGAGAUUUUUGCAAAAUAUGGUCAAUUUACUCCUCACUGGGAAGGAAUAAUAGGCAGCUCACAUAUCCCAAGCCAUGCUGAAUGGGAAAAAUUAACAACCGACUGCAGUGCGUUCCUUUUUUAUGGGAUGGAACGGUUCUUGGCUCAUAUUCUUUCUGACAAAUUUUUGGCUUUAAAUUUGAAAGAGUGUCAGCUAAUGAUUCUUCUAGACUUGGUCCGUACAAGUGAGAGUUUUGCAAGGCAAUCCAAGGUUGAUGUACAGAAACGUGCAACCUCCCUGACUUUGGAAAGGCCUGUGGAAACAGCGCUGCUUCUAAGUGCUACAGGCAUACGCUCCGUAAUGCUAAACCAGUGGCAUACAACUCUGGAAAAGAAUGCUAAAAGGCUCGACUGUUUAGCUGAAAAUUUGUUAGCCACUGGGAAGACAACUGGACAGUCAGUACACAGCCUACGAAGGCUUCAAUGGAACAGUAAUCUUUUGAAUGAUGAAGGAGACAACAUAAAGCCUGACGAUGGAGAAGAAGAGAUUCUCAUGAGAGAACCUGUUUCAAAGCCUCCUGCUUGGGAUCCAUCUGUAUUCAGUUAUGUUCUGUACGGGCUCCCUAAUAUGGUUGUGAUGUGACUUCUGUUCCCUAAUGAUACAUUUCUGUACAUUGCUUUGAGUUUACGAUGAAUUAAAUAGUUUUCAGAUCACCCCUGGCACUAAAUUGCACAAGCUCUCCAUAGAUGCCAGCUUUAUAGUUAAACAGCAGCUAAUGGGCCCUUAGCUUGGGAUUCCAUGGUAGGUACUUUUAAAGGGGACCUGUUACCCACACAUAAAAAGCUGUAUAAUAAAAGCCUUUUCAAAUUAAACAUGAAA